AUGGCUCGAGAGUCCUCCGAGCCCGCUCCUGUCCCUCGUCUUCCUCCGCUCCAGACCACCGUCAACUACUCCUCCGACUUCGCCGCCGCCCCCUCGCUGUCGGCAUCCUUCAAGCUCGACGAGGGCUACUCUGAUGAGACGCGAAGUCAACCCGAGAAGGACUUGGUGAUUCCCACCCUGGAUGAGGGGAUGACCCUCGAGGAGUGGAUUCUCACACACAGUGAAACGGAAAGAGCUGAACUAGCCUAUAAACUUCUCCGAUCCUUGCGCACUUCCACCGUCGCCACCGUAAUCGAGCGAUUGGCACCCCUCCUGCACAUGGAUCCGGUCCUGAAGCUUCCGCCCGAGAUCACAUUUGAAAUCUUCUCCUACCUUGACCCACAAACACUGCUGACAGCUUCUCUGGCCUCCCGCGCCUGGCGCAAUCGCAUUUCCGACUCGCGCCUGUGGAAGGACCUCUAUAUCAAUGAAGGCUGGCGGGUGGACAUCGACGCGGUGCGCCGGUUCGAACAGGAACACUCUGGGCUUUCAUCCCCGCAACUGCGAAAAUCCCGCUCAAGGCAUACAGACCCGGAUAGUGGCGAGCCGAAGCAGAAGAAACGGGUACCGCCCAGCUGGUUGGACUCGCGAGCGACCGGAUCUCUCGAGCAGGGAGCAAGGCAAGGAAACGGGCAGCAACAUGUUGAGAAGGAAGCAGAUAAAGAAGGUGACCAUCCCAUGGGCGAUGUAUCAACUGAGAGGGGCGCUUUAUUCUCUCCGGAACAGCAAAUAAGCCCGAGUAGACGGCGCGAAUCUCUCUCAGGGUCGACUCACUCCAAGUCAAGUGGUCAGGGAUCGUCCACAGCUACGCGCCGGUCUAACUCAUCGCUUCUGAUCCGGAUGCCCAAUGGUGCAGCCAAGGUCAACUGGCCGCAUCUGUACAGGCAACGAAGGAAGUUGGAGGAGAACUGGGCCAAAGGCCGUUUCACAAACUUCCAACUUCCUCACCCAUCUCACAUGGAAGAGGCCCAUCAAGAGUGUGUCUACGCGAUACAAUUUACGGGCAAAUGGUUGGUCAGUGGCAGUCGAGACAGAACUGUAAGGGUCUGGGAUUUAGACACGAAGCGCCUGUGGCACCCACCACUACAGGGCCACUCAAAGUCAGUACUUUGCCUCCAGUUUGAUCCUCGUCCGUCAGAGGAUAUCAUCAUCUCGGGCAGCAGCGAUAAAAGUGUCAUUAUCUGGCGAUUCUCCACGGGCGAGAAGCUCCACGAAAUCUCCUGCGCCCACGAUGACUCUGUCUUAAAUCUUCGGUUCGACGAGCGGUACAUCGUAACUUGCUCCAAGGACAAGCUCAUCAAGGUGUGGAGUCGGCGACAGCUCUCCCCAGCUGACAAGGACUAUCCCAGCAUGUUCUUUGGCUCCGGCGUAACCUAUCCAUCCUACAUAGUCGAUACCGCUGAAUUGCCCUCCCCAGUCCUGGAAGCCGAACUCGCCAACGGUCACUUCCAGAGUCUAGCCCCGUACUCCCUUUUAAUGACCCUGGACGGACAUACAGCCGCAGUAAAUGCCAUUCAACUCAACGAGGACGAGAUUGUCUCUGCCUCAGGUGACCGGCUGAUUAAGAUCUGGAACCUCCGCAACGGCGCUUGCAAGAAGACUGUAAUCGGCCACGAGAAGGGCAUUGCGUGCGUUCAGUUCGACAACCGUCGGAUCAUCAGCGGCAGCAACGACGACACGGUCCGAAUCUUCGAUCACGCCUCCGGCGCAGAAGUAGCCUGCCUUCACGGACACGGCAACCUGGUCCGGACCGUGCAAGCCGGCUUCGGUGACCCUCCGGGCGCCGAAGAGACGCUGAGACUCGAAGCUCUCGCCGUUGACAACGCCUUCCGCGACGCUCAACGCAACGGCGCCUACGUCGAUCUCGGUCCCAGGGCCCUCCGCCGCGCAGGUUACCAUCAAAACACCACCGGCUCGCGGGACCCCCGCGACAUCAAAGCGUUGGGCGCUAGUAUCCCUCCCGGCGGAGGCGGCAGCAGGUGGGCUCGCAUUGUCUCCGGCUCCUACGAUGAGUCCAUCAUCAUUUGGAAAAAGUGCAAGGAAGGCCGCUGGAUUGUCGGCCAGCGACUCCGACAAGCAGAUGCCGCCGCCAGCGCCGCUUACGUAGCCUCCGAUCCAGCCGCCCGUGCUGCCAUCGCGCGAUCAAACGCUUUCGCUCAGCAGAAUCUCCAAGCGGCCGUUGCAGCAGCACAGGGCCAACAAGCACCGGCCCCAGUCCCAGCCACACCAGCAACCGGAGGCGGAGGCCCUUUACAAUCCCUCCAAGCCCUAACAGCGCGCUUAGCCGGACAAGCCACCAGUCAACCAGGAACCGCCCAGCCUCAACCCCAACCCCAACCCCCCAUGAACGGCACAGGAGCCAACCCAGCCCUCCACCCCCACCAACCACCACAGCAACAACAACAACAACAACAACAGCAACAGCAAGCCCAACCGCUACCCCCUCAACCCCACCCCCGCCACCAGCAGCGCAUGAACCGCGUCCCAGGCCCGGCCCCGACCUCGCGCAUCUUCAAGCUCCAAUUCGACGCCCAGAAGAUCAUCUGCUCAAGCCAGGACCCGCGCAUCGUAGGAUGGGACUUCGUCUGCGACGACGAGGACCUGCGGGAAGCAUGCCAGUUCUUCACGGGUCUCUGA